GGUGAGGAGGUGCCCCUCCGCUUCCACUGCUCGCCACUCGUGACUUUCGUUUGAUUUUCUAUGUUUUCUUCCUCCUUCCGCCAUUAAUACUCUCUCAGUGGGAGAUAGAGAUCAGAGAGAGGCCUCUUCGAUGUGGGCUUCUCCUUGUCCUCUUGUCAGAGUCGGUUUGCUACAUUAGGGUCCGAUUCGUUUCAAAAGUUUGGCUAGUGGUUCUCUCUUCGUUCGUUGGUGUCGAUUAGCCAGCGCUUGGGUCGGCGAUGGCCGGCAACAGGGCGAUCAGCCUGGAGGAGAUCAGGAAUGAGACUGUUGAUCUUGAACGAAUUCCGGUUGAAGAAGUGUUCGAGCAGCUAAAAUGCAGCAGAGAAGGUUUGACAUCCGAGGAAGGAGCCAACCGGCUCCAAAUCUUCGGCCCAAACAAGCUCGAAGAGAAAAAGGAGAGCAAGAUUCUCAAAUUCUUAGGUUUCAUGUGGAAUCCCCUCUCAUGGGUCAUGGAGAUGGCUGCCGUCAUGGCCAUUGCUUUGGCCAACGGAGGCGAAAAACCGCCCGACUGGCAAGAUUUUAUUGGUAUUAUUGUUUUGCUCAUUGUUAACUCGACCAUCAGCUUCAUUGAAGAAAAUAACGCUGGCAAUGCCGCUGCUGCAUUGAUGGCUGGUCUUGCUCCCAAGACAAAGGUGCUUAGAGAUGGUCGUUGGACUGAGCAGGAUGCUGCCAUUCUGGUGCCAGGUGAUAUUAUUAGCAUCAAGUUGGGAGAUAUUGUUCCUGCAGAUGCUCGACUUCUUGAAGGAGAUCCUUUGAAGAUUGAUCAAUCUGCCUUAACCGGAGAAUCUCUCCCUGUCACCAAGAGUCCUGGAGAUGAAGUAUUCUCUGGUUCAACUUGCAAGCAAGGAGAGAUUGAGGCUGUUGUCAUAGCCACUGGGGUUCACACUUUCUUUGGCAAGGCUGCCCAUCUAGUGGAUAGCACCAACCAAGUUGGGCACUUUCAAAAGGUCCUUACAGCCAUUGGUAAUUUCUGCAUUUGCUCCAUUGCAGUUGGCAUGGUUGUCGAGAUUAUUGUCAUGUAUCCAAUUCAGCACAGAAGAUACAGGGAUGGGAUCGACAAUCUGUUGGUCCUCUUGAUUGGAGGCAUCCCAAUUGCCAUGCCUACUGUUCUUUCAGUGACCAUGGCUAUUGGAUCACACCGACUAUCCCAACAAGGCGCUAUCACUAAGAGAAUGACUGCUAUUGAGGAGAUGGCUGGCAUGGAUGUUCUUUGCAGUGACAAAACAGGGACCUUAACUCUUAACAAGUUGAGUGUUGAUAAAAAUCUGGUUGAGGUAUUUGCUAAGGGUGUAGAUAAAGAGCACGUGAUCCUGUUGGCUGCAAGAGCAUCAAGGAUGGAAAACCAGGAUGCUAUUGAUGCAGCUAUGGUGGGGAUGCUUGCAGACCCAAAGGAGGCUAGAGCUGGUAUUAGGGAAUUGCAUUUCCUCCCUUUCAACCCAGUUGACAAAAGAACUGCUCUUACCUACAUAGAUAAUAAUGGCAACUGGCAUCGUGCAAGUAAAGGUGCACCAGAGCAGAUUUUGAGCCUUUGCAACUGUAAAGAAGAUGUCAGAAAUAAGGUUCAUGCUGUAAUUGACAAAUAUGCUGAACGUGGACUUCGAUCACUAGCUAUUGCAAGACAGGAAGUUCCAGAGAAGUCUAAAGAGAGUGCUGGAGGUCCGUGGCAAUUUGUUGGUUUAUUGCCACUUUUCGAUCCCCCUAGGCAUGAUAGCGCAGAAACUAUUAGAAGAGCUCUCAAUCUUGGUGUUAAUGUAAAGAUGAUCACUGGUGAUCAACUUGCUAUCGCAAAGGAGACGGGGAGGAGGCUUGGAAUGGGGACAAAUAUGUAUCCAUCAUCUUCAUUACUUGGUCAAAAUAAAGAUGCAUCAAUGGCUGCACUCCCUGUUGAUGAACUGAUAGAGAAGGCUGAUGGAUUUGCUGGAGUAUUCCCAGAGCACAAGUACGAAAUUGUCAAGAAGUUGCAAGAGAGGAAGCAUAUAUGUGGAAUGACAGGAGAUGGAGUAAAUGAUGCCCCUGCUUUGAAGAAGGCUGAUAUUGGUAUUGCUGUUGCUGAUGCAACAGAUGCUGCUAGAAGUGCUUCUGAUAUUGUUCUUACUGAACCCGGUCUAAGUGUCAUCAUCAGUGCCGUUCUUACAAGCAGAGCUAUUUUCCAGAGGAUGAAGAACUAUACUAUUUAUGCUGUCUCAAUCACCAUCCGUAUAGUUCUUGGAUUUAUGCUUAUUGCAUUGAUAUGGAAGUUUGACUUCUCACCCUUCAUGGUUUUAAUCAUUGCGAUCUUAAAUGAUGGUACAAUUAUGACAAUUUCCAAGGACCGGGUGAAACCUUCUCCAAUGCCCGAUAGUUGGAAGUUGAAAGAAAUAUUUACUACUGGUGUUGUGUUUGGGGGUUAUUUGGCAUUGAUGACUGUUAUUUUUUUCUGGGCCAUGAAAGACACAGACUUCUUCUCCGACAAAUUUAAAGUUAGAUCAUUGAGACACAAUGACGAUGAAAUGAUGGCUGCUUUAUACUUGCAAGUUAGCAUUGUUAGUCAGGCUCUUAUAUUCGUUACGAGAUCGCGCAGCUGGUUCUUUGUUGAGCGUCCUGGACUUCUCUUAGUCAGUGCUUUUAUCAUAGCACAGCUUAUUGCAACAAUUAUUGCUGUCUAUGCUGACUGGGGUUUUGCCCGAAUAAAAGGUAUAGGCUGGGGUUGGGCUGGUGUUAUCUGGCUUUACAGCAUUAUUUUUUUCUUCCCCCUGGAUUGGUUCAAGUUUGCCAUCCGCUACAUUCUCAGCGGGAAGGCAUGGGAUAACCUUCUUGAGAAUAAGACGGCUUUCACUACCAAGAAAGAUUAUGGUAGGGAAGAAAGGGAAGCUCAAUGGGCCAUGGCUCAAAGGACUCUGCAUGGACUCCAACCCCCUGAAACUGCUAACCUUUUCUCUGACAAGAGUAGCUAUAGAGAGCUUUCUGAAAUAGCAGAACAAGCGAAAAGACGAGCAGAAAUUGCAAGGCUCCGCGAACUACACACUCUGAAGGGACAUGUUGAAUCAGUGGUGAAGCUGAAAGGGCUCGACAUCGACACCAUCCAACAGCAUUAUACUGUUUGACUCUCCAUUAUAUUGAGGAGGCUUGAACAUGGUUCGUGAACAUGAGUAGAAACUCAAGUUAAAAUGAUUUCUCUUACCCCUGCUUUUACUUUAUGUCACCUCUAAUCAUCGCUUCCUCUUCCAAACUCAUCUAUGCAGAUCUAAAUAAUGCACACUAUUUGCUUCUGUCCACUAUGUAUUUUUUGUGUUUGCAACAAAUUUUUUGUUACUAAUUGAAGCAGUGUUUUUUCUUGUCCUCUUUAA